AAACUGGGGCAUCAUGGGAGUGACCUGGACUGCGCGGCGCAUGAUGGGGAACUAACCCGGCUUCAGCGCGCCGAGCAGAGCUGGCGGCGCUGAACUACAGCGCGAUGCAUCUCGGGAGGCCUGCUCGAGGAUUAGUGGGAGGUGACACGACGCGCCCACCCAUGCCCGGCUGCGAGCUGCCCGUGGGUACGUGCCCGGACAUGUGCCCGGCCGCCGAGCGCGCCCAGCGCGAAAAGGAGCGCCGCCUGCACCGCUUCGAGGUGGCGCCCGGGUGCCUCGGGGACCGGCCCCGCGCCGACCCGCAGCGCGCGGUGAAGGAGUACAGCCGGCCGGCCGCCGGCAAGGCCCGGCCCCCGCCGAACCAGCUGCGGCCGCCGCCCGUGCUGCUGGCCACCGUGCGCUACCUGGCCGGCGAGGUGGCCGAGCGCGCCGACGCGUCCCCCGCCGAGGUGGCCAGCUUCGUGGCGGACCGGCUGCGCGCCGUGCGGCUGGACCUGGCCCUGCAGGGCGCAGGCGACGCCGAGGCGGCGGUGGUGCUGGAGGCGGCGCUGGCCGUGCUGCUGGCCGUGGUGGCGCGGCUUGGACCGGACGCCGCGCGCGGGGCUGCGGACCCGGGGCUGCUGCAGGCCCAGGUGCAGGAGGGCUUCGGGUCGCUGCGGCGCUGCUACGCGCGGGGCGCCGGGCCGCACCCCCGCCAGGCCGCCUUCCAGGGCCUCUUUCUGCUUUAUAACCUGGGCUCGGUGGAGGCCCUUCAUGAGGUUCUGCAGCUGCCCGCUGCCCUGCGUUUCUGCCCGGCCCUGCGCACGGCCCUGGCAGUCGACUCAGCCUUCCGGGAAGGCAACGCCGCCCGCCUGUUCCGCCUGCUCCGGACCCUGCCCUACCUGCAGAGCUGCGCCGUGCAGUGCCACGUGGGCCGUGCCCGCCGCGGAGCCCUGGCCCGCCUCGCUCGUGCCCUGAGCACCCCCAAGGGCCAGACCCUGCCCCUGGGCUUCAUGAUCCACCUCCUGGCCCUGGACGGGCCCGAGGAGGCACGGGAGCUGUGCCAGGCCCACGGGCUGCCCUUGGAUGGACAGGAGAGAGUUGUGUUCCUGAGGGGUCGCUACACGGAGGAGGGGCUGCCGCCUGCCGGGACCUGCAAAGUGUUGGUGGGGAGCAAACUCCGAGGGCGCACCCUGGAGGAGGUGGUCAUGGCAGAGGAGGAAGAUGAGGGUGUGGACAGACCCACGUCCCCAGCAUGAGGGGCUGUGCAGUCUCCCAGAGCCAGGACUGGGUCCUAGCACUCGGGUUUCUUUUUUCAUGAUUCCCACACAAUAAAAGGAACUUGUUUUGUAGGGA